AUGUCUCUGUCGGCAGCUGCAAACAAAAUUUCCGACUCGGAUUUCCAGAAUAUUGGCCCUGCUCCAAGACCGCCAGGCGCGUCUUACAACAAGACACAACCGAUCACCAAUUAUCUUGGACAGUUAGACCUUAAAGACAAACCACGCGGCUCAGGCGGUGAAGUUGGGACCGGAUUGCGAUCUGGACGUGGAUUCACGAAAAAAAAUGGUUGGAUACAAUACAAGGAUGAUGGAAUUCUGUCAUUUCUAUGGCAGAAAAGAUAUAUGGUGCUGAGCGACUCUUACUUGACAUUGUACAAGAACGAACCGCGUUCUGCGAGUGAAGACCCCGUUUUACAGAUUCCGCUAACGACGAUUGUGAGCGUUAGCCGCACACAGCUCAAACAGAAUUGUUUUGAAGUGGUCAGGAACCACGAUCGAGGCUCAGUGCCAGGAAGCAGCAGUGGCAACAGUAACAACACAAAUGGGGGGUCCAACGGCUCAGGCUCGUCUCCGUCACCUUCUUCGAGCUCAGAUUACAACCGCAAAACCAUUUAUAUCUCCACGAAGACCGAAAUCGAGCUCCAUUCAUGGCUAGAUGCGAUUUUCGCCAAAUGUCCCUUGCUGAGUGGAGUUUCGUCACCCACUAAUUUCACCCACAAAGUGCAUGUUGGAUUCGACCCCGAGACGGGCUCUUUCGUCGGAAUGCCCUCUAACUGGGAAAAACUGCUGAAACACUCUCGAAUUACUGGAGAAGACUGGAACAACAAUUCUGCCGCUGUUAUUCAGGUUUUGCAGUUUUAUCAGGAAUAUAACGGCGUGGGAACUGGCGCUAGUACUGGUACUGGUGCACCUGCUACUGCUGCUGCCGCUGCUGCUGCAGGCAUGGGAAACGUCUCUGCUUCUUCUUCAUCUUCCUCAUUACCAAAAACACAGAACUUUCCACAGCAGUUUCGUCCACAAGAUCAGCCAAUCAGACAGCCGUCCGCAGACUUGGUCCCUCACCGUAAGCCACCCACGCCGCCCUCCGCGUCAAACGCGCAUCGCCCUAAUUUGCAGGUCACCACAUCUUAUCAAAAUGCAAGACCGCCACACCCGGCCUAUCCAAGCUCCAAAUCUGUAGCUUCUCUACAGAAUCGACCACCUCAAUCGCAUCUACCGUCACCUGUCUCUUCUGCUCACAGGAUUCCAAUUGCUCAGCAAAACCCAUAUUCCCCAGCAAAGCAGCCAAUUCCAACUCAGCAGCAUCAAGUCCCACAGCAGAGGUCAAUGCCUCAUCAGGAACCAUCGCGCUUUCAGCAUAACCUGCAUAAUCCUUACUCUUCAAAGAGCCCACAAGUGUCUUCUCAGGCCGGAUCUAAGGAGCAGACCGAUCAACGACGCCCUCAGCAGCGUCCCCCAAUCAAUAACUCUCCGCAUUCUAACUCAUCCACACCUCCACCAAGACUCCACCCUCAUAGAGCACCGCCAUCGGGACCUAAGCUACCCGCUGGGUCAGGUGCAAGCUCUGCUGCGGCAGCUGCCAUGCGUCAGCAACCUAAAGACGAUACUGUACCAACUUAUCUUCAGCCCACUAGGGAAGCACCCAAGAAACCUGAUGUCCAAUUGCAACAAAAGAAAGAUGUUGGAGUUACUAAACCUCGCAAACCUUCGAAGCCAACCAUGUCAAAUGCAGAAAUUAUGGCUAAAUUGAAAAGUGUUACAUUCAACUACGAUCCAAGCCCUUUCUUUCAAAUGAUGGAAAAGGCUGGACAGGGCGCAAGUGGUUCUGUAUACCUUGCUCAAAGAAGUCAAUUGCCCACCUACGAAGAAGGAAAUCUCAACGAACAAAUAGGUGAACAACAUGUCGGAGAUAAGGUUGCCAUCAAGCAAAUGAUAUUGUCAAAGCAGCCUCGGAAAGAACUGAUAGUAAAUGAAAUUCUAGUAAUGAAAGAUUCCCAACACAAGAAUAUCGUUAAUUUUCUGGAAGCGUAUUUGAAAACAGAAGACGAUCUCUGGGUUGUCAUGGAGUAUAUGGAAGGUGGAUCUUUGACCGAUCUGAUUGAAAAUAGUCCCGCCAAUGGGAGCAACAGCUCACCUUUAACAGAACCUCAGAUUGCUUACAUUGUGCGGGAAACCUGUCAGGGCCUAAAGUUUUUGCACGACAAGCAUAUUAUUCACAGAGACAUCAAAUCCGAUAACGUAUUAUUGGACCACAGGGGGAGGGUCAAGAUUACAGAUUUCGGUUUCUGUGCUAAGCUCACAGACAAGAGAAGUAAAAGAGCAACUAUGGUGGGAACGCCGUACUGGAUGGCGCCAGAAGUUGUCAAACAACGUGAGUACGACGAAAAAGUAGAUGUAUGGUCGCUCGGUAUCAUGACCAUCGAAAUGUUGGAGGGCGAGCCCCCAUACUUGAACGAAGAUCCUUUGAAGGCACUCUAUCUGAUUGCUACAAACGGGACUCCUAAACUCAAGCAACCAGAGACACUUUCAUUAAAAAUAAAGAGAUUUUUGAGUGUCUGCUUAUGCGUUGAUGUAAAAUACAGAGCCUCGACGGAAGAAUUGUUGCACCAUAGCUUUUUUGAUAUGAGCUGUGAACCAGCAGAAUUAAAUCCACUACUGGAAUGGAAGAAGUAG